CUGCGGGGCCCGUCCGCUCCGCUCGGGCGGCAGCCGCCGCUGCCCGCCGGGAGGUGAGGUCUCCUGCGGUCCGGUCUUCGCGGGCGACCCAGCAGGAAUCAGCUGGAAGCCGCUCAGGCGGGCCCGGCUUGGGUCGGUCGUGACCGGGCAGGAACACUUCAAGAAUGAGUCCACCACAAGAUAGGAGUAGAAAUUCCUGCAGCAGUGAGCCUCUGGCAAAGUGCCUUCAAGCAAAGAAGGACUUGGAAACAGCUAUAUCUGGAAUUGUCAAAGCUGAACAGCAGAUUAAAGAGAACUGGCGGGAGGUAAAAGCGAAGAUUCACAGCCACAUAAGCCGCCACCUGGAAUGCCUGCGCAGUCGUGAAGUUUGGCUGUUUGAGCAGGUAGAUCUCAUUCAGCAGCUGAAAGAGGAGGCAUUGCAGCAGCAGGCACAGCAGCUCUACUGGUAUUUGGGACAAUUCAAUUGCCUUAUUCAUCAGCUGGAACGCUCCUAUAGCAACGAACUAGCAAACCAGAUCUCAGUUUGCCUGGAGAGACUGGAAAGUCUUACUCUUAAACCAGAGGAGUCUUCCAUCCUUAAUUUUGAGGCUGACACAUCUUACCUUCGCCAGGCUAUUACCUCCUUUGGUUCAAUUAAAACGAUGCAGACCUCAGAGAGAGAGAAUACUUCUCCCUGGUUCCCAGGGCAGAAUUGUGCCCUGAUGAACUGUGAGCAGCAGAAAACAUUGUGUGGGACAGUGAGUGCCUCACUUGCUGACUGGUUACUUGGAAGCAGACCUGUGGGUGUUUGCCAGGCUCCUUAUGUUCCCAGCACCAAUCUUGAAGAAUGGGUUACGCAAAAAUGUGUGUCAGAACCCAGCCAGGAUUUAAAUGCUUCCAAGGUCUGUUAUUUUGAGCAAGCCUGGGGAAAUCUGAAAGAUUUGGAAAACUGGCUUCUGCAGAAUCAACAGCGUGAUGUUGCUGGGAAGACAGACUCCCCUGGCCGCAAGGAUUCCACCUCUACUUUCAACUCAUCCUUUUCCACUGUUGAAAAGGUGGAGGAAUUGGAAUCCCUUGGACAAGAAGAGAUAGACCUUUCUGACUGGCUGCUUACUCCCAACACAGAAAAUGGAAGUACUGCUUCAGAUGAGAAAUGGAAGUAUGAAUUUAAACCUUUUAGGGAAGAAUUUAAUUUGAAUGAUUGGCUCCUCAAAGCUGAAACGUGUACCAGUUGUUGUGGCAGCCAGAUCAAAAGUGUGGAAAUUGAGAACCUGGGAAAUCUGAAGUGCCUGAAUGAGCAUCUUGAUGGAAAGAAAUCACCCACUACAUCUCCUGUAAAUGCUUGGCUUCUUCAGCAUCCCCAGGCCCCAUUUAAAGUGGAAGAUGUGUGCAAAGCUAAUGAGCUGUGUGCCACCUUUUCAGAAUGUGUGUGUGAUGAAAACUGUGGCAAAGAGGCUCUGUGUAAAUGGCUUCUGAAGAAAGAAGGGAAGGAUAAAAAUGGAGUUCCAGUCAGCCAGAAAGAUGUACUGAACCCUGAGCACGAGAAGACCAAGUCUGCUGCCAAUACUUGGCUUAACCCCGCACAGCAGCUCACGGGGCAACUGGCUAGUGCAGAGAAAGCAGAUUAUUCAGCAGAGAUCGCAGAACCCUUGAAAGUAUUGCUCGAAAGGCCUCUGACAAGCUGGCUGGCCAAGUCUGAGCACAAAGCAGAAAGUGCAGAAGAAAAAGCGAGUAGGGAAAAAGCAGAUAAUAGUUUCAAGACUCCUUUCCUAGACCUCUUGGCUCCAUUCCACCUCCCCUUGAAUGUAAACAGUUGGGUGUUGACUUCAAACAACUUAGAAAAUGCUAACCCACCUCCAGCGGAAGAUAAAUGGCUUCUACGCAAGAAAGCACAAGACUUUGGCCUUCCUGCAGUUUGUGACCUUUUUGCCUGUAUGAAACUCAAUGGAGAUAAAGAAAAAUGGCUGUAUCGGACUCCUUUGCAGAUGUGAAGAACUGGAAGCAUCAGAAUUAUCCCCUUCCUGCUGAUCAAUCGCACAUCAUGCUGAGUGACUGCAGCCAGCUGAAUUCUUGUGUUUUGUGUUUGGCCGUCUGCUUUUUCUUCUAAAAUUGUAACAAAAAGAAAGAUUAUUCAUAUAACAGAGUUACAGUGCAGAAGAUGCCUUUUCAUUAGGAUUAAUUCUGAAAUGUAAACCCACUGAGCAUAAGCAAUCCGAUACUAUAGAGGUGUUAGUAAAUUCGUAUCUUGUUAUGGGACUAUGUGAAUCUUCUUUAAUGGGUUGUCACUUGAAGUAUGUUGAAGCCAGUGCAAGUAUAAAGCAAAAUCUCUCUGGUGCUGUAAAAGGUCCACCUUUGGCAGUGACUUCAGAAGUGUUGCCAUUCCUUUUAGCUGCUACAACUUUGCCAUGAGUUAGGUUCCUGCUUACUGGGAUUGCAAGAUAACUUAGGCUGUAUUUGGAAGCAGUUUCUUUUACUGAGCAGUUGCUAACUUCUAUUGGUGUGUCUCCUAGCUGAGUAUGUGUAGGCCAGAUUUUGAAAAAGACAUGAAUUUAUGGGACCUGACAUGUGACAGGAGAAUUCGUAACUUGGUUUUGAAUGAAAACUUUGCUUCCAAAUUUUUAAGCCAUUCAGAGAACAGGGUGGGGGGUUAAUUUUCAUGCAUCAGUAGAUCAGAUCAUACUGCUUUUAAUAACUAUUUGAAUUUCACUGAAAAAGCUGUAAGAUGAAAUUUGUACAUUUCUGCUAGUUUUAGAUAAUUCAUAAUGAACUUUUAUUGACUAAACCACUGGAAAGCAAGCAUCUUAGCCACAUAAUAUUUGAAGGUAAUAUUUGGGGAAUUUGAUGCCUUCUCAUCAGGUUGAUGUCAUGCUCCUUGAUUGGGAAACACUAACUUGGCAAUCUGCCUGGCUCCCACUGAUCCAUUUUAAAGAUACUUAAUCUGUGGGUUUCCAUGUUGAUAUGCAUAUGGAAGUGGGGUCGAGUAACUCUGAUCCCUGUAGCUGUGGACGUAAUAUGAGCAAUGCCUCUUCAGGUAUUCGGCAUUUUGAGCCCACAGGACAGAGUGUGGAGAUGUUAGAUGGAAAUGCGGAUCACGCCUGUCAGCUUGCAUGAAAAACUGUGAAGUUACAUAGUUUCUGGUGCAGCUUCUACUCACUUAACAAAUUGCUCUUAAUGACUAUAACAAUAGCCUCCCCUUCUCCCCAUCCCUGCAGCCUGCUUGGGAAUAAAAGUGAUUGCAGUUCUUCACAACCCUGUAGAAAAGAAAUUACUAGCAAGACCCAAUCUUGGUAUCACUUUUCAGUGUGAACACAUUCCCGUCUGGUAGAACCUGUGCAUUUGGUUAAAAAUAAGUUUUUAGUCUGAGAGGGGGACAUUGCAUGUCUGAAACCAGACCCCAAAAGGGCUUAACAUCAGUGGACCACUCGAGUGGUUUGUACUUUCAUAGCUGGGGCUUUCUGCUGGAAGCAGAAAGAUGUUUUUGAAGUUCACUUUCCCCUUUGAACGUGUCCUUGUUGUGGCAUGGGAAGACUGCACUGUGACCAACUCCAAUAAUAGCCUAAUUUGAUUAGCAGUUGAACUUAAUGAAGGUGAUUGAUGUGCAGCCCACCUCUUAUAAUUCCUUGUAGUUGUCAUUGUGUGCUACUUUGUCAGUUCAUUAUGAGCCUCUAAAACUUGGGGGUAUGUAUUCCUUUACUUACUCAUCUGACUUGUUCUCACUAAUUGAUAUUUAUGUAAAACAUUGAUUUGUCUUUUCCAUUAAAAAUAAUUGCAACCAAAGGGUGUGGUACAUCUCCUUUGCAAGAUGGUUAACAGAAAAUGCUGCGGCAUGUUGCCUAGUUAACUUACAUUUGGAUGUGGCUGCAGCUGUGCUUCCAUCCCUGUACUGGACUCACGUGUCUGGGUUCUUUAUUCCACCGCUGCCGGCACUUGCACGGAGCCCCGCUCUGAAAGCUGGGAAGCCCUGGCACCAGGUACACACCUAAUGGGUAACUCCUGCCAACUACUGCACUGCACUGUAAGCCCCUGGACACGCGGCUGGUAUGCCUAAAUCACCCAGCCUUCACUCGGGUGCAGUAAGAAACACAGGUUUAGACAAAAUGACGUGUUUGUUUCUUACCACUCUUGAAUACUUAAGGAAGAUUUAUGGAUUUUAGCAGCCUUCAGUCCUCUUCUACCAUGGCUGUAGAACAUCGCUGGUGUGGCUGCGCAAUUGGAAUUUGGUUCCUCUCUGGCUCCUCUGCUGUCCUGGUUUUUGAACAUCAGGCUCCCUGCAUGUUUUGUUCCUCCUUUGAGGAUUUUCCAUUCCUCUAAACUCCAGGCUGCGUUGUACCGUAACGAACGUUCUUAUGAGACAGCAAGCAGCUGGGCCUGGCAGCCUUUCAACCACAGUACCUUGAAUUUGCUGUGUGGGUGUGCACACACACAGUUUUUCCAAACGGACUAGAGGUUCUUUGUUAGAAGCAGCCACAUGCAGAACUGAACGUGUAUCUCGAGAAUAGCUUUCAAAGACAGGGAAAAAAAUACCGCAGGUCUUCCAAAGACAAGGAAAAGAGAGUAGCCGGAGCAGAGAAUGCUUUUCUUGGCUUCUCUGGGUAACAGUUGAAGACCUUGUUUUGAGCAAUCUGGGAUUAUUGGGUUGUACUGAGGAAUGGGGUCCUCUCUGAAAUGCUUAAUUCGAUUUCUCUUCCCUCCUGGUGGAGCUGGAGCAAUUACCUCCUGCUUCUCCCUCAGCUGAGUUUCUGUAACAAACGAAUCCUCCUAACUUGGUUCUGUGCAAAAUAACCAAAGUGCUUUCUGGUCACGUACGCAUUGGUGAAAGUCUUUAGCUUUAUGGCGAAUUUCAGGUGGGAGACUCUUUACAAGCCGAGAGCCUGCC